AUGCGUUCAGCUGUCAUAUCUGAUCUGGGUUGGUGGCUCCAAUUACUCAGGUCUGAACACCCUCCUUACGGUCGCGUCCGCAUCCCACAUCAUCCUCGCAAAGACACCACCAUUGCCUCUUCGUCUCACCGACCUCAUGUCCUUGCAAGCGAACGCGACACACAUAGUAACUACAGCACUGGACUACUCUGUUUCACUCAAUUCUGUGAUCUUCACAGUGUUCCUGAGCCCAAUUGCAUGCCCACUUCAUCCAAACUUCUUGCUGCCUUUCUUGCCAAUGCAGCUGGGACUGUCUCGAGCAGCGCUGCCAAUUCUUGGAUGGCAGAUCUCCAUUACUGGCACUCCGUCAAUGGGGCGGAUUGGCAUGGGGGAGAAUCAGAUGUCCUUUGCCAUGUCCGCCGAGGACUUUCAAAACUCACUCCCCCCAGUUCCAAAUGUUCCAAAUGUUCCAAAUGUCCUCCCAUGAUUCUCACAGCUCUCUUGCAGUUAGCAUCAGGACUCAACUUGAGCAACUCCUUUGACAUCACUGUCUUUGCCAUAGCCUGUGUUGCCUUUUGCCUUGGGGAACUUCUCAUCCCAAGUCCAAACACCUUUGACCCUGUCAAACAUGUCAACCGCUCCAUUCUGCCCAUUUCAGUGCUCGAUACUGACAAUGUACAUUGUACCACACUCCAAAUCCCUUGGACAAAGACAAUCAAUACUGAAGGUGCUGCUAUCAGCAUCAUGGGACAUAUGCAUUCCACAUGUCCUCUCAACACCCUCGUCCACCAUCUGCAAAGCAACCUCAAUAUCCCAUCACAUGCUCCUCUCUUCUCCUUUGAAACAGCAGCCAGCUCCUGGUCACCCUUGACCAAGCCAUGGUUCCUCGCACGCUGCAAUGAAGUCUGGGUCUCUGCCGGACAUCCUAGCAUGCCAGGUCAUGCCUUCCACAUAGGCAGAGCCACGGAGUUGUUAUUAGAAGGAGGUUGUUGGAAGUCAUGCACUUUCCUGGAGUAUUGGCAUCAAAUCGAAUCCAUCCCUCCACUUUUAUUUCCACUGCUAUCAAUUCCCCUCUUGUGA